ACGACAUGGUCAUGCCUGAAGAAGCAACGUUCAGGCGUGUUGCUGGCAGGAGCGGUCAGCACAAUACAAAGCUCCAGGGAAAAAAGUCCAGUGAUAGAGCCCAUGGCUUCUGACAAAGGUCCUUCAGCUGGAGAUGCCACCUUGAGGAGAAGAAUUCAAUCCUGGGAAUUUGAAGAAUUCUUUGACCCCAGAGAACUCCGUAAAGAGACCUGUCUGCUCUAUGAAAUCAAGUGGGGCAGGAGCCGUAGGAUCUGGCGAAACUCCAGCAAAAACACCACCACGCACGUUGAACUCAAUUUUAUAGAAAAAUUUACCUCAGAGAGACAUUUUUGCCCACCCAUCAGCUGCUCCAUCAUCUGGUUUUUGUCCUGGAGUCCCUGUUGGGAAUGCGCCAAGGUCAUCCGAGAAUUUUUGAGUCAACAUCCUAGUGUGACUUUGGUUAUCUAUGUAGCUCGGCUUUUUCAGCACAUGGAUCAACAAAAUCGGCAAGGACUCAGGGACCUCAUUAACAGUGGUGUGACUAUUCAGAUGAUGAGACCCUCAGAGUAUGAUUACUGCUGGAGGAAUUUUGUCAACUACCCCCCUGGGAAAGAAGCUCACUGGCCGAGAUACCCCCCUUUGUGGAUGAAGCUUUAUGCACUGGAACUCCACUGCAUAAUUCUAAGUCUCCCUCCAUGUUUAAAGAUUUCAAGAAGAUGUCAGAAUCAUCUUACAUUGUUCAGACUUAAUCUUCGAAACUGCCAUUACCAAAUGAUUCCACCCCAUAUCCUUUUAGCUACAGGGUUGGUACAACUUCCGGUGAUGUGGAGAUGAAUAGAAUGAUUCUUUGUGCAGGCUGUUUCAAGAACAGGCAAUGGUGACCCACUAAAGAGUGAGUUCCACUAGAAUUUAGAAAUUUUCAGCUUGUGUUUCUAUACAUUAUGAUUAAUUUAAGAAGAAAAAAAAUAAUUCCAGUUACAAUAGCAUUAAAAACAUUGAAAAAGGUAGGAAUAAAUUUAACCAAGGAGGUGAAAGAUCUGUACACUGAAAGCUAUAACACAUUGAUAAAAGAAAUUGAAGAUGCAAAUAAAUAGAACAAUAUCCCAUGUUCAUGAAUUGGAAGAAUUAAUAUUGUUAAAAUGUUCAUACUUUCCAAAGUCAUCUAUAGAUACAAUGCAAUCCUUAUCAAGAUUCCAAUGCCAUUUUUUACAUAAAUAGAAAAUCAAUCCUAAAUUUCAAAUGGAACCACAAAAGACUCUAAAGAACAAUUCUGAGAAAGAACAAAG